CCACAUACCAGCUGCAUCAUCAGCAGGAAUCAAGAUGGCCCUCUACUUCGAUUCAUGGGCGACUGAGAUGUUGGCCGUCCUGUCAACGCUUUUCAUGAUAAUAUAUGUAACAUUUAAAAUCAAUUACACGUACUGGAAGAAGAAAGGUCUGCCAUAUUUGGAGCCGUUUUUCCCGCUGGGAAAUGGCUGGAACGCAAUACUAAUGAGGAAAUGCCCAGGCGAGGAUAUGAAAGACGUGUAUUUUGAAACAGAAGGCAAAGCAGUCGUCGGUAUUUACUCAUUAAAUAAUCCUCUUCUCGUUGUGCGGGAUCCAGAACUGAUCAAAAUGAUCAUGGUGAGGGAUUUCAACUACUUUCCUGACCGGGGCAUCUACGUAGACGAGGAGACAGAUCACCUGUCGGCGCACCUCUUCUUCCUGGGAGGAACCAAGUGGAAGGGUCUGCGCCAGCAGCUGACGCCCACGUUCACGUCGGGAAAAAUGCGCGCCAUGUUCGGCAUAGUGCGCGACUGUGCUCGUAUUAUGGUGGACGUCAUACCCUCGGGCAGAGAUGUGGAAGUCCGGGAGCUGAUCGCCCGCUACUCUACUGACGUCAUCGCUUCCUGCGCCUUUGGCAUCGACGUCGACAGUCAGCACAACCCCGAGGCGGAGUUCCGGCAGUGGGGGCGGCGCUUCUUCCAGACAUCCCUGCGCUCUUACCUGACUCUGUCUCUGGGAUUCUCUAAUCCCAAGCUGCGCACCCUGCUGCCUUUACCCUUCACACCGAAGGAUAUCGCAGAUUACUUCACGCGCGUUGUUGAUGAUACUGUCAAACACCGAGAGAAGACAGGCAUCAUCAGGAAGGACUUCAUGCAGUUGAUGAUUCAGUUGAAGAACAAUGGAUAUGUUGAUGACAGCUUCUCAAUCACUGGGAAGAAGGGUGCUGAACAUGGAAAUAAGACUCUGACGACCAAGGAGAUGGCAGCACAGGCGUGGGUGUUCUUCCUCGCUGGGUUCGAGACCUCUUCGACCACCGUAAGCUUCUGCCUGUACGAGCUCUCUAGACAUCCGGAUAUCCAGAAGAAACUGCAAGAAGAAGUUGAUGACGUAAUGAGAAAGACCAACGGUGAUGUGACGUAUGAUGAUAUAAUGACCAAGAUGCCAUACAUGGAAAAGGUGGUAAACGAAACUCUUCGUAUGUAUCCACCCGCUACAGUUCUGAAUCGCGAGGUGGCGCAAGAUUAUAAGCUGCCAGGAUAUGACUGUGUCUUGGAAAAAGGAACUAAGGUGAUUAUUCCAGUCAUGGGACUGCAUUAUGACAGGAAGUACUUUCGAAACCCCGAGGAAUUCGACCCGGAGCACUUUUCCGAGGAGCAGAAGGCAUCCAGGCAUCCCUACAGCUAUCUGCCUUUUGGCGAAGGGCCACGCAUAUGCAUCGGCAUGCGUUUCGGGUUGAUGCAGGUGAAGACGGCGAUAGCACAUCUGCUGUCAAAAUUUGAUAUUCUGCCCGUCGGAGACAAGCAGUCGAAGCUACGCAUGGCUCCAAACACCGUAGUGCUGACACCAAUUGGCGGAAUCCACCUGAGGUUGGAGCGGCGGCAAGUCCCUGCGUGCUGAAGAUCUCCAGCUGCUGUGAGCAGCACUGUGGGAACAACUCCACACCCAUUGUUUACAUGAAAAACGGAUCCAAUAUUAGCUCUUCCCUGUAAUGGAAUAUAAACGCCAUUUUAUUAAUUAGUCUGUGAUGUUUGAGAUAGUGGACACGUUUCCUACUGAUACUGCUGGUCUCACAACAGAUGUCAUCGCUUGUCCUGUAUUGUGCAGAGUGUUUAUUAACACUGAUAUCACUCUAAAGUUUGAUAUUUAUUUCUCUAUAUAAAGUUUGUCUAGCAAUGUCUAUAGGUUACUUACCGUGUUCCUUCUGCACGUCAGGGAGAAGCGUUCAAGUUCUUUCCGCACUUGAAACCUACUGUAUUUUCAUACCUGAUGUCUCUUCAGUCUGCUGUUUGGAACACAUACAUGGUUGGUUUUUUUCCUGUUGUGUACCGCUGUAAACAUUGACACUGCCUGUGUUUGUAGCCUUGACCACGUUAUGCGUCUACAGCUGAUUGAUAUGAAUGUCAAGAAAAUCGCUACAACUGUUAUUAUAGGUGCAUUUAAUAAACCACGGGUGGUUUCAGUCUGUACGAACAUGCCUAACGAACCUCCCGUUCAACAAGAUACAGAUCUGGUUGAAAUAUACUAAAACAUGCACAGAAUGCAUGACAUGUAACUAUCACAGCAAAAUAUUUACCAAUAGUCUUCAUAAAUGGUACUCAGAAAGUGACAGAAAUAUGCAAGUGUCAUGGUUUAAAUAGCUUUAUCGCCAAGUAAAACUUCAUGAAAGGCACACAGAGGAAGACAAGUACAGCAUUUCACUUCGUUAACUGUUCUUGGUACAAGAACAGCCAGCAGCAGAGUCCAUGCAGGAUAUGGUGGUCAAUGCGCAAUGAGCAAUUUUCAUCCAAGGCGAUGGGCAAUUUCAUUCAUUUGUUCCGAACGAGAGGCCGACACUGCCUGCUUUCGGCCGGACUGCUACACGCCGCGAUUACAGAGUCGAGGCUCACGACGACAUGCCCAUCAUUUCGUUAAUGGCCAUAGUCAUUGUGAUAUUUGCAUUUAAGUCAGACACUGAGUGAAAUUCGGAGGAGUCUGCAAUGAAAAAUAGAAGUCAGUAUGAUUCUGCGUUUGGUGCAUAGUAUUACACAAAAUGGUGCUGCGUGCUUCCUUGAGCAGGCAUAUUGAAUUUUUCAAUAGACUUGGGUGGAGAUCUCUUUCUGUCACCAACCUCAAAAAUAAAAAAUAAAAAAAAAUUGCCAAUGAUAAAGUCAGAAAGAAAUAUCCAGAACAAUCCAAAUACUUCAUAAACUAUUUGAGAUACGGAAGUGAGGUUUGGGCAAAUGAUUGCAUGCAGACAAGAGAGUUUGUUGGGGUUGUUUGGGUAGGAGACCAAACAGCGAGGUUAUCGGUCUCAUUGGAUUAGGGAAGGAAGUCGGCCGUGCCCUUUCAAAGCAACCAUCCCGGCAUUUGCCUGGAGCGAUUUAGGGAAAUCAUGGAAAGCCUAAAUCAGGAUGGCUGGACACUGGAUUUAAUCGUCGUCCUCCCGAAUUUGAGUCCAGUGUGUAACCACUGCGCCACCUAGCUCGGUGAAAAAAGAGUAUUUUGCCAUAUGGUUACUAUUCAAAAUUUGAUUAUUUACCAUGUUAUUCCAGACUUUUUCUAUAAAAGAAUGUAAUUUUGAAGGGUGAUCGACAGCUUGUGGAACGAAAAAUGCUGUGGGUUUUGGAGCUGUAUAAGUGAAGACAUUAAACGUUUAUUUUUGACCUGA